AUGACGGCGUCAGAAACGCCUGAAGAAUAUGAAGCCAGGUUAACAAAGCAACGUGAGCGAUACACACAGAUGAUAGCGUCAGAAACGCCUGAAGAAUAUGAAGCCAGGUUAACAAAACAACGGGAGCGAUAUACACAGAUGGUAGCGUCAGAAACGCCUGAAGAAUAUGAAGUUAGAUUAAUACAAAGCCGUGAAAGACAAAGACAGCAGUUGGGUUCAGAAACGCCUGAACAUCGCGAUACGAGGUUAAAUAAACAACGAGAGCGUACCCAGCAAUGCAGAGCUAAUAAUCUGCAGGCAUUCGAGAAUGCUAUUAACACAAUUUGUAUACAUGUUUGUGAUAUUUGUACCAAACGUUGUUAUCCUAAUCAAGUUCGUACAGUUCGGUACAACGCUGCUGCAUUAACAUACUUACCUGUGGAGUUAACUUCGAAAAUAUCAUUGUUAUUAUGUUCCCGCUGUCAAACACAUGUUACUAGUAAUAAAACAACAGCACCACCAAAAGCUUACUGGAAUAAUCUGGAUCCAGGUUCUAUACCAGACGUUAUUCAAACAUUGACACAGGCGGAACAACGUUUGCUGUGCAGAAUAAUUCCCUUUGUUAAAAUCAUGAAAUUUAGUGGCCUCUAUGGACAGUACGGUUUUCGCGGACAGGCAGUUUUAUUUGCCCAAGAUAUCUUUGAAGUCAGUGAAAGACUGCCUAGGAAUUCACAAUAUGUCGCGAAAAAAGUCUAUAGUGCUUUAAGACGGUUAAUCAGAAAUAACCCGCUUUACAAAGAUGUACGUAUUGACGACAAUGCCCAAAUUAGUGACCAGGAGUUAGUACGACUUGGUGUGCCCGAAUUGUCUGAAGAUGAAGCGUCCGAAAGGAAUGAAAAUGAAAUUCGAAAUGCAUUCAUUCCAAUUAAUAAUGUUGCAAGAAUUAUUCGAGCUUCAUGGCAUCAAGGUGACUACAACAUCUUUACUUCGCGAUAUGCUAGUGUACAAUGUAGUGCUAUGUCGUUGGCGAACAUUGUCCGAGCUGCAAUCCUAAGCCCUAAUCAAUGGGACGUCAAUAUUCUGAAUGCUAAUAUGUUAGCGGGUGACUCCUUAUAUUGCUGGAUUCGUACCCAGCUUGAUCCUACUGAACUGGAUAAAACAGGAUAUUUAGAGAUACGAAACUUUCAUAUCGUCAGGCAAAGUUUACAAAUGUAUGAAUGCCGAUUUUCUAUAGAAUAUGAUGAAGACACUCUUUUAUUCGGGAGUCUCCAAGAUUCUCGUCAAAUAAAUCUGUUAGCGUAUUUCGCGGUGAAGACAAAUACUAUUUUGCUGACUCCCAUUCUUGUGGCCCAAAAAGGAAAACCAACACCAGAAAAUGGCAAAGCCUGUGUUAUAGAAUGCGACAACUUACAAGAACUGUGCCGCAUCUGUAAAAGAUGCCUCGGAUCCCGUAAUAUCGCGUACACCCUUACACGCGUAGACGUACAUUUGAGGGAAAAUAUUAUCACUCGUCAGGGUGUUCAAGUACAGCAACAGGAAGAUGCCAUCACUCAUCAGGAUGUACAAGUACAAUACGUUUAUUAG